AUGCAUCAUCUUGGACUCACCACUUUUGCAGCGUCGCUUCUGGCGACUGCUGCAACUGCUGCUAGCAACAACGGUCCCUUUUCUCUCUACGCUUAUGGAACUGGGGUUGGCGGCCUUCCCAUCUUUUCUUCUGGCGAUGGGAUCUUUGUUGGAAACUUCAGCAAGGUCGACGACGAUGAGGCCGCCCCGAUUCUAUUUACCGUAGGAGAUGAUGCGUGGUAUGCCUCUCCAAACACGACUGGCUAUGCCAAAGGACGUGAUCCGAGCUGGUCCAACCUCACUUUCGCUGUUCCGGGACCAUCAUCGUCUUCUCACAGCGUCAAGCUGAUCAACAGCACGACCGAUACCGACGGUUAUGUAUUUGAUCUGAUGACAUAUGGCACUUUCGUCAUGGUCGAAGAGAAUGGACAAAUGACUUCGCUUUGGUAUGCCACGCCAUCGGAGAUCGAUGGUGUUUAUGUCAUUGGUUGGAACGCAUCAGAUGCUGGCCAGUCUGACGAUAAGGUCGUCAUUACACUCAAGAAAACUCCUCCGUCAAACCCAAGCCCCAGGGAUCAGUGA